CAGCGCAAUGAACACGGAUAAUAGUUAACUUAUAAUUUUUAAUUUGAAUUUUAUUUUUUUGUCGUUUUCACUGAUGCGGAAUUCAUUCAUUUUAUGUGCCAGUGAGCCCUGUGCAUAAAGGUACUGUAAUAAGAAAAACUAACUUGAAUAAGUUAUUGAUAUGGGGUCGGAUCGUCACAUCUCUACGAAGUAUGGAAGAAAAGCUGACAAAACAAAGGUGUUUAACUUCGUGUGGAUAGCGAUCCUGGUCACAGCGGUGGCUGCACAAAUUUUUGACAUCGAUGAAGAAGCUCAACUCCCAAAACAAGUGCCCUGCAGUACCCAAUAUGAUCUCCUGAUAAAUGAACGCACGUUGGCUUCCCGAUGUCAAAUUCAACCUGUCUAUAUGGCCCUGUCCGGUCCUACUAGUUACGAAGCGAUCUACCCUGGCACUUUGUGGGUGAACCGCUGCGUCGGGGAUUGUCUACAUUCUGAAUAUCCUAGCUACAUCUGCCGGCCCGCCAAGAUUGUCCGCAGGGAUGCUAGAGUUCACUUAUACAAUGUCAAGACAAAAAAGCAUUAUUGCACCAAGUUCCAAGUGGAGGAGCACGUGAGCUGCCACUGCGAUGACCCCAACUCUACAUGUUCCUCCGAACCGAUCUACAGCCCUGGCUUGUUGUACUUCCCCCAACUGAAGCGAUGUGUGGCGCAAUACCCUCACUGCUCUCAAAGGCAAGCCUCCUGCGCGCCCGAAAUUGUGUCUCUCAAGAAAGUUUAUAUGGAGGACAAAAUAACGCUAAUAGCUGAGGAGCACGACACCUGCCACUGCCGCCACGACUUCAUUGCGUGCUCGCCCAAGGAGACUUACAUCGAUCUGCCCACGAACUAUGAAGUGAGUCCACCUAGGUCCUGGGGAAGGACCGUUGUCAAAAUGUGCUCUGGCAACUGUCACAACGCCAACUUCACAUGCUUCCCCACUAUGUUGUCCUGGAGGUGGUAUCAAUUUAAGCCGGACGUCGGGUUCAAAUUGGCCGACCACGUGGACUGCGUCUGCGGCUACAGGAUGUAUAAUGAUACCCCAGUUGAUCAACUUCAUUUCGAACCCCUAGAUGAUUAAAGUUUGAACCCUAGAAAUCUCUGCCUU